CUGGGAAAGGGUUGCCAUUGCCCCUGUGGGCUGCAGAGAUGGAAGAGGGUGUCAUGUAUGCUGACCUGCGCCUUCCCUCCACACCAGCUCCUCAGCAGCGAGUGCACAUACCCUGGUUCUGGGCAGCCCUCAGCCUCGGUCUCCUCUCCCUGAUACUCCUGCUGGCACAAAUCAUCCUGGUCAGCCUGAGUUUCCACUAUUUAGUACAACAACAAGCGAGCUGCAUCCACGGUCCCUGGAGCAUAGAGGAGAGGCCCAGCUAUGGGAAACAGACAGUGCAAAGGCUCUGUGACUGGAACAUUGGAGCUGGGCUCACAAGGCGAUGCCAGUUUUGCCCGGUCGGCUGGUUCUGGGAUGCGGGGCAGUGCUACUACUUCUCCUCUGCCAGAAAGAGCUGGGAGCAGAGCAAAGAGGACUGCUGCUCCAGAGGGGCACAGCUGGUCACCAUCCAAGCCAACACUACCCUGGCUUUCCUGGUGCGUACAGCUAACAUGGAGGUCUUCCAUGUGGGGCUGAAGCAGGAUGGCUUCAGGUCUGACUGGAAGUGGCUGGAUGGCACCACACUGGAAGGGAUCUUCCCAAUCCAGCGCUACCCCAGGUCUUUCCAGGCCUGUGGCAGGGUGUCAGGCUUGGGACUGUCAGGUGGCCCAUGCACAGAAGCCCUCAGGUGGGUCUGCAAGCAGAGUGCAGCCACCCUGCAGUGGCUCCAGUCCUCAACUCCUGCCUUCCUCUGGGGAAACACCACCUACAGCUGUGUGAGGCCCUGAUGGCCAUGGGGACCCCCAGCCUGUGCCACCACCCUGUUCCCUCCCUGAGCCCAGUGCAUGGGCAUUCCCAGGCUCUGCUGCCUCCUGGCCCAGACCUCUUUAUCUCCCAGAACUCUGCACUUUGCCAAUAAACUCUGCCAGCAACUGCAGCUGGCUUUGGGCUAUGGGGGUGGGAGGAUGGGGGUGCAUCUUCCAGCUCUCAGACUCGGUUGCAUCACUGACAAGUGGGAAAUUGCAUCUGCUAUUCUGUGGCCAGGAGCCAGCAUUGAGCCAGCAGCAAUCGGAACAUCCCCAUGGCAGUGUGAGGCAGCUCCUGUGCAGGCUGGCAGAGGUUCCAUGAAAACUCUGGGCAUUCUGAUUGUGGUGGCUGCCUGGGGUUUUUGCUUCUUGGGGCAUGGUGCUGAGAGGUGACCCUGUGCCUCUGCAGCCCCAUGGAGGACUUGGGCUGGGCAGCAGCUUGUUUGCUGAUGCCUGCCAAGUCUGAGGAGGUCCCAGCAAACACGCUCACUUUGUUUUGAGGCCGGCUGAUGUGUGAGAGCCUAAAAGGCCUGCUGGGGCUUAAUUUGGAGUUGUUUGGUCCCAGAGGCUGUUCUGGUUUUGGCAUAGACCACUGGGUUGUUCCAGCAGCCUGCAGCUGUGGCACAGACAUCGCUGGGACUCCCUCCCAGCACAUGCAAAAGACCAAGCCCCCACAGUCUGUGCACCCUGUCAGACUGAGCAGGACUGGGAGGGGGAAUGUGAUGCAUGGGGAACUGUAGCCUUGCUGUGGCCUGUACCCAUGGGCUUGGGCUCUUCACAGCCUGGGGACCUGGGUGCAGAGCAUGCUCCCCAGAAGGGAGCUUAUUCACCCCCCCACCCCCUAAAACAAGAUCAUACACAGGAAAAAAGCCCACUUUUUGCAAAUAAAGCAACUACUUCUGCUUUUCUGUGUAUGAAGAUGUGUCUCCAUGCAGUAUGGUCU